AUGCAGUUUAUAUGGGGACUGAAGAGCGCCUUGUCGGUUCUGAACCCGCAUCAUUCGCAGCAGCAUCAUCGCCAUAAGGGGCCAAAGCGACCGGAAACCAAGAUUGCUGAUGACGUCACUCAGCUUAUCGGUCGCACGCCCAUGGUGUAUCUGAGCAAACUGUCAGAGGGGUGUGUGGGGAGCAUCGUGUGCAAGCUGGAAGGCAUGGAGCCGUGUGGGAGCAUCAAGGACCGCGUGGGGUACAGCAUGAUAGCAGACGCGGAGGAGAAAGGGCUGAUCAAACCAGGCAAGAGCGCGCUGGUGGAGCCGACGUCGGGCAACACGGGCUUCAGAGGUACUGCUUUUCCAUGUUAUCUUAUAUACCUCUGUUCCCCCCUGCUCUCCCUUCCCUCAGAGCGUGCUGGUGGAGCCGACGUCGGGCAACACGGGCUUCAGAGCGUGCUGGUGGAGCCGACGUCGGGCAACACGGGCAUCGGCUUGGCGUUCAUAGCAGCGGCGAGGGGCUACAAGCUCGUCCUCACCAUGCCCGCCUCCAUGAGCCUCGAACGCCGCGUGCUGCUCAAGGCCUUCGGGGCCGAGGUUGUCCUUACCAACCCGGAUGAGGGCAUGAGAGGAGCUAUCAUUCGUGCCAAGGAGAUCGUGAGCCACUCCAAGCACGCCUUCAUGCCUCAGCAGUUUGAGAACGAGGCCAAUACCAAGAUUCACUUUGAGACGACCGGGAGGGAGAUUUGGGAGGACACAGAAGGGCGAGUUGAUGCGGUGGUGUGCGGUAUCGGCACUGGCGGCACGGCCAUGGGUGUGGGGCAGUAUCUCAAGAGCAAAAAGCCGAGUGUGAAGAUGAUUGGAGUGGAGCCUGAGGAGUCAAACAUCCUGUCAGGUGGAUACCCAGGGCCACACAUGAUCCAGGGCAUCGGACCGGGCUUCAUUCCGAGCAUUCUGGACGAGAACAUGCUCGAUGAGGUCAUCGCGGUGGGCAUAUCCUCUGGCGCGGCGGUGUUUGCUGCGAUCGAUGUUGCGAAGCGGCCUGAAUAUGCUGGAAAAAUGGUGGUGGCCAUUCUGCCAAGUUUUGGCGAGAGGGAAAGGAAGGAGGUUCGUGAUACGAAGGGAAAUCUGCACUUCAGUGUCGCAAACAGGCUGCUAACCGUUCCCGCCAAGACCGAGAUUCUGGACGCUGCAGGAGCACCCGUGUGCAUGCUAGUAGGCAAAAUGUUCACUCUACACAACACCACCUACCUGUGCCCGGGAAACAGCACAGACACCAACGCUCACUUGCUUAUAGUCAAGAAAGUCAUUUUCACCAUUUGCCCUGUUCUCGAGGUGUAUUUACGGGGAAAUAGUUCGGACAAGCCAGACAUUACCCUUACUGGCUCUUUUUUUGAACAUGAUUUCAAGAUCACCGCCAGCAAUGGCAUCCUAUUGGCCGAGACCUUCCGCAAAUCUUCACUUCCGCUUCCGCCGAUGGAAGCGCUCUGCCAUCAGCCCUGCGCCGCGCUUGCUUCCCGAUGGCUGCGCCCAGACGCGCGUCCGCUGCUGCGCAGACCGGCGGGCGCGUGCGGGGCAGAUCGGCAUGUGCGCAAUCCGCCACCGGUCCGGGGAGUGCGGGCGGAUUCCCGUCGCGCGGAGAGUGAGGCGCACGGAAAGUGCGCGGACUUGACGGAGCAAGGGGGACUCGGCGUGACGAGACGAGCGCUCCUCUCGUCCGCCGUCCCCCUCUCCGUCGCCCUACUCGCGCCCCCUGCUCCUGCAGUCCCUGCCUUGGGCGAUCCUUCAGUCACCAUUGCUGACGUCACCCGUGACGUCACGCCCGCUGGAAAGCUUCCUGCUGCUGAGGAAGCAACAGUGGCUCUGUUCGAACGCACUACUUAUUCUGUGGUCAACAUAUUCGAUGUGACUCUAAGGCCUAGCAUGAACACCACGGGGCAGGUGGAGGUGCCGGAGGGGAACGGGUCGGGCGUGGUGUGGAACAGCGACGGGUAUAUUGUUACAAAUUACCACGUGGUUGGGAGUGCACUCUCGCAAAACCCCCCUGCUGGACGGACUAUUGCAAGAGUCACCCUGCUGGGGACAGACGGCUUUCAGCGCAACCUAGAGGGAGUGCUGGUAGGGGCGGAUCGGACCAAGGACCUUGCUGUACUCAAGGUCUCUGCCCCUCCCAACCUCCUCCGCCUGCUCCCUCUCGGUGACUCCUCCUCCCUGCGAGUGGGGCAACGCUCGUACGCCAUCGGCAACCCCUUUGGUUUCGAUCAUACACUCACGGCAGGGGUUUUGAGUGGGGUGAAUCGCGACAUCUACAGCGCAGCAGGCGUGGUGAUCGCAGGGGGCGUGCAGACAGACGCUGCCAUCAACCCCGGCAACAGUGGCGGCCCGCUGCUUGACUCCGCUGGCAGGCUCAUUGGAAUCAACACGGCCAUCUAUACCAACACCGGCACAUCUGCUGGUGUGGGCUUCGCCAUUCCUGUAUCGGUGGUGGCGCGCGUGGUUCCCCAGAUCAUCCAGUAUGGGAAGGUCAUUCGCCCCACGCUGAACGUGCAGCUGGCGGCUAAUGGCAUUGCCAGGCAGCUGGGUGUGGCAGCAGGGGCGCUGGUGCUCGGGGUGAAGCCAGGGUCAGCAGCAGCCAAGGCAGGAGUGACGGCCACAAGGAGAGGCUUUGCAGGCAACAUUGUGCUGGGAGAUGUGAUUGUAGCGAUUGAUCAAUACACUGUGAAAAUGGCUGCUGAUGUGGACAAGGCCCUGGAUGACCUGUCAGCGGGUCAAGCAGUGUCGCUUCAAUUAUUGAGAAAUGGCGAGAAACGGCGGACUAAGCGGUCCGAGAUGGAGUGGGGAGGGUCCACCGGCGGCAAGAGCGCCAGACCCGGCGGAAUCGGCGGCGGGAUUGGCGGCGGGAUUGGCGGCGGGAUUGGCGGCGGGGGAAUAGGCGGCGGAAUGAUGGGGAAUCCCGGGGUAGCCGGGGCGCGCGCGCGCAGCGCGUCGACUCUGUCCGUUUCCGGCGCGGAUUUCCUGGGAUUGGGGUUUCAGGAGGAGCGGGAGAAGCAGCAGGGACGGGGGAAGGGCCCGCUGCCAGCUGGGCUGCAGGCUGACGUGGAUUUCGACCCGGCCACGUCAGCAGGCGGUCUGCCGCAAGUGGAGAUGAUCGUCGGGUCGCGUUAUGGCGGAGGGCGCACCAUCAGGCCGGGAGAGGCACUGGAGACGGAGGAGGAGAAGCGACGAAUGCUGCUGGGUGAAUGCAGCCGGCACAUUGAAGGGUGUGAGAACUCCACCAUUGCUGAUGCCAUCUCCACCGUUCUCCACCGUUCUCCACCCUCCUGUGUCUCCCCCUCUUCAGUACGGCGGAGGGCGCACCAUCAGGCCGGGGGAAGUGCUAGAGACGGAGGAGGAGAAGCGGGAGAGGGGCCAGGGCAGGCUGAGGGGCCAGGGCAGGCUGAGGGGCCAGGGCAGGCUGAGGGGCCAGGGCAGGCUGAGGGGCCAGGGCAGGCUGAGGGGCCAGGGCAGGCUGAGGGGCCAGGGCAGGCUGAGGGGCCAGGGCAGGCUGAGGGGCCAGGGCAGGCUGAGGGGCCAGGGCAGGCUGAGGGGCCAGGGCAGGCUGAGGGGCCAGGGCAGGCUGAGGGGCCAGGGCAGGCUGAGGGGCCAGGGCAGGCUGAGGGGCCAGGGCAGGCUGAGGGGCCAGGGCAGGCUGAGGGGCCAGGGCAGGCUGAGGGGCCAGGGCAGGCUGAGGGGCCAGGGCAGGCUGAGGGGCAGGCCAUGGGGCAGGGAGCAGCGCUGAUGGAGAAGGGCAGGUUGAGGGAGGCACUGGAGCAAUUUGGCGUGGUGGUGGUGGGUGGGUGGGUGGGUCAGAGCAUGCUCCCACCCCGGUUCAGUGCGGGGUUUGGUAGACGCUCAAAGCGCGACCUUCCAGAUCGAGAUGCUGAGGUUUCCCAGAACCCUUCCACACCAAGCGAGUCAGGCUGCCAGGAAGGUCUGAGAUGUUCAGAGAUGUCAGGCUGA